CGCAUGGCAGCGUUCGGUUUCCAUUGACAUUAUGGGCGGACGAAAACGUCAACACGCCAUCCUCCACCAACACGGCGACCAUCUGAAGCGCCGGCUAUUAUCGCCGCGGUGACUUUCUUCGACAAGUCACAGAAGGUAGAGCUAUUACUUUCCUGGAUCCCAACCAGGACUGAUUCUGGAAUGGUCACACAGCAUGACCGCGGGACUUCCGCAGACAUGUUGUGCCACCCUUUCACCGCUCUGGCCACGCAAUUGCAAUCAGGCGAUCGUCCUGACUGCCCUAAGUAUCAAGAUGAAGCUCAGUCCAAUUUCUCACCAUCGCGUGGAAGCAUCAUUCCCCAGGUUCUGGCCGUACUGGGAGUGUGCCUUCCCACAAGCUUCAUCAUGACAUCGAAGCCAACCAUCACCACCUCCCAUGAUGCAGACGCUCUAACACGCUUCAAAGCUCGACACACGGCAAUCGAGGCCAUGCAAGACCACUCCAGACGGAUGCUACAGGAGUUGAGCCUUGGGCGGGGGCGAUACGAAGAUUACGGCGGCGCAAGCGGCGACAGUGUUGGCGGCAACGCCGGCGAUAUCAAAGCAAACAGCGUAUUACGUGAACCGAGACGGCUAUCAGGUCUCUCGGAGGACCACGAUAACGGACCUGUCAACUCCAGUUGGGGUGGCUGGCGUGUACUUGGUGGAAGUCGCGAACCGACUCCUGCAGCCAAGCCCAGCGGUCAGCUGACAGAUGCCACGGAGGUAGGACAGCAGUUCCAUGAAAAGAACGAAGCUCAGCAUAUUGCCUCGCCACAAUCAGAAACCAAGCACGGUCAUUUCGACGGCACCGACCAUCACGGUGCGCAGCUGGGUCGAGCAGAUGCUGAAUGCGCUGCUGCUGCUCAGGCUUCUUCGCGAAGUGACUCCGUUCGCCGGCAGCGAUUCGAUCGGAGGCUCUCCCACGACUAUCCCAUCCAGCGCCCGCCAGCCAUCCCCCCUUUCCAACUCACGCAACCGACUACAUCUGCACCGCCGAAGAUGCGAGGCGAGCCUCUGCUGCAGCGCAAGGAAGCUUCAGAGAAUCUGACGGAGGAAGGCAACGGUCAGCAGCCCUGAUUCGUGGAUUCCCAAUGACGGUACCGGUAGCGCUGCAUGUGGAUUAGACAGUACCCUAGCUGGUGUAUCGUUUGGGUUGCAAGGAGGCAGGAUUCUCGUUUGUAGCUUAGCUGCGAGCAAACCAGUGCAAGCUUCCCCCCCUUUUGCUUCACCGAAUUGCCGAAAGCUGCACGCUACCGAUACUGACUAUAUCAUAAAGACAUCUAAUACGAUCAUACCCAGCAGUAAUAGCAUUCCACU